AUGGACAUCAGAAAUAGAAACAAUACAAUCUCUAAAAAUCACCCCGCAAUAAAAUGUUUACAAAUUAACCUUGACAGGGGCUAUGCAGCAACACACGAAAUGUUUACAUAUAUUAACAAUAAUCAAAUUGAUGUAGUUUUUAUCAGCGAACCAUAUGUAGGUAAAAAUAGUUCUAUGAAUCCAUGCCCUAAUUACAAUAUUUAUCAGUUCCCAACUGAUCGUCAUGUUAAAGCAUGUAUUCUUGUAAGACAGAAAAUUGGAUGUACCCUGGGUAUGUCCGAAUAUUCUUCUCCAAAUCUGUGCAUUGUGCAAAUUGUCAUCCGCGGUAAAAAAGUAUUUUUAAUUAGUGCAUACGUUGAACCUAGGAACGAUGAAAUAAACACAAUCAAUUCAUUAGAUUUCUUCCUCCAGAAUAAUCCAAACUCUAUACACAUUAUUGGCGGAGAUUUCAAUAGAUGGCACCCCCUUUGGGGUUCAGUGCGAGCCAACCGCCGUGGUAACAACAUCGUAAACCUGAUCACAACCAAUAAUCUAAACAUUUGUAACAUCGGCACCGAUCCUACUUUUGAAACAGUCUCUCAUAACAUCCAUCGGGAAUCAAUUAUAGACCUAACUCUCACCUGCAACUCACCGCCAAUUCAAAUAUCAAACUGGAAAAUUACAAAAGAAUGUAGUCCAACAUCUAGUCAUAAUGGCAUUAUUUUCGAAUUACAUAUGAAUAAAAGUUCAUUAACAAGAGCCAAAAAACUGUCCACCUUCAAGUACAACACACAAAAUAUAAAAUGGGACGAUAUAAAAGAAGUAUUUCAAAAACGAAUUAGUGAAAACUUAGACCUAGAUAUCAAUAUUGAGCAUCUUAACACUACAGAGCUUGAAAAAUAUGUCUCAAAAUUAACGUCGGUUAUUCAAAAUGUUUGCAAUAAACUGUUUCCACAAAAAGGCGAACACGCCCAUAGAGCUCCGUGGUGGAAUGAAAAACUAGAGAGUCUUAAACAAAAAGUUAUAAAAAACCACCACAAACUACAACAACUAAAGCGUAAUAAAAAACCCAUGACCGACGCACUAUCAGAAAAAGAAAAGCUAAAAAAUGAAUAUUCGCAAGAAAUAAGAGCCGAAUCAACAAAACACUUCAAAGAAUUUUGUAAUAAGCAAGGAAAGGAGGACGUUUGGAGCGUUACGAAUAGAUUAUUAAAAACAACACCACUAACAAAGCCUCCUACUACUCUUAAAACUAAAUCUGGUAACUACACCUCAACCACCCAAGAGACCGCUGAAACUUUCCUUAAAGAGUACUUUCCUGAAGAUGAACCGGACACAAAUCCACGGCACACAACGAUAAGGAGACUAUCUAAAAAAAUACCUGCAACGCUACCAGAACCUCCAUUCACAGUCGACGAAAUAAUAAAUGCAGUAUCCUCCAUGAACCCCAAGAAAUCUCCAGGUUUUGGCCACCUCACAGCCGAUAUCUGUACAAAUUUUAUUAAAUUAUUCCCAUCUGUGGUAACUAAGCUAAUGAAUAGAUGCCUUCAACUCUCGUACUUCCCAAAAGCUUGGAAAGUUGCUUAUAUCAAAGUCAUACCAAAGCCUAAUAAAAGCGAACAUACAACAUCUUCAUACAGACCAAUAGGCCUAAUAAAUGUCUACGGAAAGGUUCUAGAAAAACUUAUUACGAAACGAUUAAAUCAUCAUCUUCAUAUAACGGGCACUAUGAGUAACAUGCAAUUUGGAUUUAAAGAACAGACAUCAACAAAUAAUGCUAUCCAGAAAGCACUUGAUGUGAUUCAAGAUGCUAAAGCUAAAAAACUACAAGUAAUAGCUAUAUCUCUUGACAUACAAUCCGCAUUCGACAAUGCAUGGUGGCCAGCGAUUUUCCACAAACUCAACACUGUACACUGUCCCUCUAACUUAUUCAAACUGUUGCAAAAUUAUGUUAAGGAUAGAACGGUCAGGCUUGAUUUUGCUGACAGUUCAUGUACCAAACCUAUGUCUCGAGGAUGCAUUCAAGGUUCAGUUUGCGGUCCUGUACUAUGGAAUCUGGUUUUAGACGAACUCUUAACGGCUGAACUACCUCAGGGAUGCCACCUUCAAGCCUUUGCAGAUGACAUUCUCUUAAUCACACAGUCGAAAGACAUAACUACACUUGAAAAUAUAACCAAUGAAGCGCUUACUAGAAUAACCGAUUGGGGAAUUAGUGUUAAAUUGAAAUUUGGCCCACAAAAGACACAGAUGAUUUCAUUUACAAACAAAGCUAGGAAAUGUCAAAUAAUAAUUAGUAAUCAACAACUGUAA